AGUAUUCGAUCAGUUAAUUAUGCUCCACUUGUUAAAGCAGCCGAUCGCUUGUCUUGGGAAAAAGAAAAUGUAAUAAUAAUAAAACAAUUAAAUAGAGAUAAUCAAAUAGUGACUCGUGAUAAUGCGACAGAAUAUUUUCCUCUUCGGUAUAUUUCUCCAUGGAGAAUUGAUUCAUAUAAUGGCGUUGGAUACGAUGUUUAUUCUCAAGCUGAUAGACAGAGAGCGAUUGAUAUAGCAAGAAAAUCAAAAAACAUCUCUAUUACUAACUCAGUACCUCCGGAUAGAGAUGUUGAUGGACUUGUUAUUGGAGUCUACGAUACUAUGUAUACAUUUGGAAUGAUCAUGAAACAAUUCCAAGAUGUUGGUUUAGCAAUUAAAAUCAUUGAUCGUGGUUAUAACUCUUCGAUUUAUGAUUCUUCGCAACCAGGUGAAAAGUAUCAGGACGAUUUUGUUGUGGAACGUUCUUCUGUCUUAGCGGAUC